AUGGCCUCGAAGAACAACGGUUUGAAUGCCGCUCUUGUCUCGAAUCUCCAAGAUGUGCUUUCGAAGCGAAGAGGAGGGAACGAGGAAGUAGUUGGGAGCGACGGAUCGGCGGAGGAGGCUCCGUCUACUUCUGAUUCCGUCGAUGUUACUGCGGCGGAAGAGGAGAUCGAUGAAUCGAAACCCAUUGUUUUAGUCACGAAUGGAGAUGGGAUUGAUUCGCCUGGGCUUGUCUCUCUCGUUGAGGCUUUGGUUCGUGAAGGGCUUUACAAUGUUCAUGUUUGUGCUCCUCAAACGGACAAAUCAGCUUCUGCACAUUCCACGACUCCUGGAGAAACAAUUGCUGCAAGUUCUGUUAAUAUCAAAGGUGCUACAGCCUUUGAAGUUGCAGGAACUCCUGUGGACUGCAUCUCAUUAGGAUUAUCCGGGGCGCUCUUUGCUUGGUCAAAACCAAUUCUGGUGAUUAGUGGAAUUAAUCAGGGAUCAAGCUGUGGGCAUCAAAUGUUCUAUUCAGGUGCUGUUGCUGGAGCCAGGGAGGCUUUGAUUUCUGGAGUACCCUCUUUGUCAAUAUCGUUGAACUGGAAGAAAGAGGAAAGCCAAGCAAGUGACUUUAAGGAUGCUGUUGGUGUCUGUUUAGCUUUGAUAAACGCGACAAUCAGAGACAUUGAGAAAGGAGUUUUCCCUAAAGACUGCUCUCUCAACAUAGAAAUUCCAACAUCACCCUCAUCAAACAAGGGUUUCAAGGUAACAAAACAAAGCACGUGGAGGCAGAGUCCUAGUUGGCAAGCUGUUUCAGCUAACCGUCACCCUGGUGCUGGGAAUUUCAUGUCCAACCAACAAAGCCUAGGAGCUCAACUUGCCCAGCUUGGCAGAGAUGCUUCAGCUGCUGGGGCAGCUCGUCGUUUUACCACUCAGAAGAAGAGUAUUGUGGAGAUUGAAUCGGUUGGUGUUGCUGGUAAAACUGAUACCCGUGUUAAGAAAUACUUCCGCCUAGAGUUUGUGGCUAAAGAACAAGAACAUACAGAUGAAGAUUUGGAUAUCAAGGCUCUAGAGGAUGGUUUUGUUUCUGUGACUCCACUGUCUCUACUUCCAAAACUGGAUACGGAAACUCAAGCCGCAGCAUCAGAAUGGAUCUCUAAAGCCCUUAACGCUGAUCAAUGA